AUGUUCGAGGCCCACAGUAUUCGUGAUACCUUCAGUCGAGGCGUCUCCUCACAGCAGGAUAUAAACGACUACUUUUCAAUCUUGUUCUGCUUCAACCACGUCUCUGGCCUCAAUAUACUCAUGAAUAAUGAUGACGGAUUUGGCGUAUCUAAUAUACGAGAAUUCUACCGACUACUCGUGGCCGCAGGCCACAACGUGUGGAUGGUGGCUCCAGCCUUUGAAAACUCCGGUCAGGGCGGCCGAAUCGUUUUCACCACCUCCCCCACUCUCGACACUCCUUCUCAAUACAAUCUCAUCCCCGCUGGUGCACCCUCUCUGGGGCAAGACCCUCAUGACAGCCAUAUCUGGUAUUACAAUGGAACGCCCGCGGCGUGUACGAACGUUGCUCUUGACUAUGUCCUUCCCACCUUUGCCGAUUUUGAUGUCCCAGACCUAUUUGUUGCAGGUCCCAACUUCGGCAACAAUGUGGGAACUUUUGCCUACACGGGAUCUGGAACCAUCGGCUCCACUUACACAGCUGUCGAGCGAAAUGUUCCCGGCAUUGCAUUUUCGGCGGCAAAUCCAACGCAGAGCUAUCUAGAAAUCACCAACACAACCAACCCGUCCACCUACGCGGCCGAGCAGUGUAUCAGAUUUGUGGACACGGUCGCCAAGAAUGCCAAAGACGGCGAGCCCAUCCUCCCACUGGGCUAUGGCAUCAAUGUGAAUAUCCCGCCGUUGAACGCUAGCUGCAUGAAUCCUCCGUUUGUGCAGUCAAGAUUCUCUGGAGGUUCCGGCAUGCCGCAGGUGGAGUUCAACGCGACGAACAAGCUGAUUCAAAUCGCGGACAACAAUUAUUUUGGAUUGGUUCCCGAUGGGUCAAAUCAGUGCAUCAAUGGAAACUGCAAUCUUCCGGGUGAAAGCAACGUUGUCAAGGCAUGUCAGAGUGGUGUCACCAUCUUCACCGUGGAUUAUGAUGCGCCUAUCAACGACAAAACGGCAAAGGUGAAGAAUUUGGUCUUUGGAGAUGGUUGGUGA